AUGCCUGAGGGGCCGUCGCUGCGGAUGUUUCACGGGCGGUGCUGCCGGGUGCUGGGCGGGGUGGUGCAGCGGGCGGGGGGCAGCACCCGGCAGCUGCCCGUGAAACAGCUGGAGGGGCGGCGGCUGCAACAGAGCCAGGCCCAUGGGAAAUGUCUCUUCCUGGGAUUUGGCCCCAGGUCCGGGGUCCCUGUCGAUCCGGAGCCUGCCUCUCCCAGCGGGACUGAGGUUCCCGUCGAUCCGGAGCCUGCCUCUCCCAGCGGGACCUGGGUCCCUGUCGAUCCGGAGCCUGCCUCUCCCAGCGGGACUGAGGUUCCCAUCGAUCCGGAGCCUGCCUCUCCCAGCGGGACUGAGGUUCCCGUCGAUCCGGAGCCUGCCUCUCCCAGCGGGACCUGGGUCCCUGUCGAUCCGGAGCCUGCCUCUCCCAGAGGGACCGGCUUUCCCAUCGAUACGGAGCCACAGCUCUGGCUCCGCUUCCACUUCGGCCUGUAUGGCAGCGUCAGAUGCGAUGAGUUCGCCCGAGCAAAGCGAGCAAACAAGAGGGGAGACUGGAAGGACCCCUCCCCCAGGCUGGUGCUCUACUUCCCUGGAGACCAUUUCCUGGUGUUCUACAGCUGCCGGCUGUGUGUGUGUGGUGGUCCUCGCACUGAUCCUCACACCGACAUCCUGGGCCAGGACUUCGAUAAGGCCAGGGCUCUGUGUGCCCUCCAACUCGCUCAGCCUGUCUGCUAUACCCUGAUGCAUCAGCGCCAUUUCUCUGGGCUGGGUAACAUCAUUAAGAACGAAGUGCUGUACCUGUCUGGGAUUCACCCCAUGUCCCUGGGCUCCCAACUCGGUAUUGAGAAACUGCGCACUCUCCUGGAACAGGUGCUCCUGUUCAGUAAUGGAUGGCUUGUCAACAAACAAAAGGGUGAAGGUCUAAAGUAUCACAUCUACCAGAAGGACUGGUGCCCCAAGGGCCACGCAGUAGAGAGAGCAGAGCUUGGCCCCCCCCAAGGUCUCCACAGACCCACCUGGUGGUGCCCUGUGUGCCAGCCUGCAGUGCCAGCUGCUCCUGGGCCCCUGGGUUAGGUGCCUGGACCAGGUUAGGGAUGACUCUCGAUGCCUGAUGUAGACUGUCAGCUCACUGCUAC